UCGGUACAAAAGAAGCAAUGAAAGUCUCGCAUCGGCGUCUCUUUAUAAAAUCCACCCUAAACGGCUAAACCUACUCGCAUUUUCGGGUUACUACUGAUAUUCUGAUUCUGAGACCAAAGAAGAAAUGGAGCAGCCAAAUAAUGCUCUUCCAGUUCCAGAGAAAUCAAAGCUUAGGUAUCCGCUCAGAUCUGCCACUAAAUCGAAGGAGGAGAAGCCACCGGUAGCAGUAGCUGAUCCCUCUAACUUUUCUUCCGCAUCCAAGAGGGGAAGACCUGCAUCAACUGUUAGUAAAAGUAUGGGUGUGCUUGAUGUCUCUGCGAAGGAAAAAUCUGCUAAGCCACCCAGAAGGCUCUCUAUUCCAACUAAGUCGACCGCUACUCCCGGUACAAAGGCAACAGCAGGGAAUGUCACCCCAAUUUCUGAAAUUAGAACAAGGAGGUCUGGGAAUGGUCAGAGGAGAAGCGAAACACCUGUUUCUGAUGUUUCAAAUCCGACGAGCCGAAGGAGGUUUAGUGUGCUGUCCUCAGCAUCCUAUUGGUUGUCUCAAAUUAAGCUUUCCGAGGCUGCUGCUAAGCACUCAAUUUCACUUGGUUUCUUCAAACUUGCCUUAGAAGCAGGUUGUGAGCCUAUUCAGCGCAUGCGAGAUGAACUAAAAUCUUAUGCACAGCGCCACAACCUUGGUGAACCUCUGAAAGAAUUGCUUGAGAGUUAUAAUAUUCCUGAUACUCCAGAGCAGGAGCAGGUUUCUAAAACCUGUUCGCAGGUGCCAGAAGAGGAGGUAACUCGAUCCUCAGAAGACGAAGUUCACAGCUCGUCUUCCACUGUGGGAACUAGGAAGCUGAAGCCAAGAUCCUUGAAUACUGAUGCUGCUCAAGUUCCCUCAGUCAUGGUGUCAGCAAAUAAGGAUAAUGCUCGGAGGACUACUUCUGCAGCUAGGGACAGGAGAACGUUGAGUAAAAAUACUGCAAAUUCAAAAUCUAAUACAGAAGCUGGAGCUCAGAGGUCCAAGAAGUCAAAGAAGCAAGAGCCCGCCAAGGAAAAGGAGAAGGCCAAGAAGCAGGGAAAGAAAUCUACUACUGAAGAAGGUCCAGUUAGUCCCUCCACUGUGGCAGAACCACUAGAAGAAGAAAACAAAGAGAAUAUGGAUGAUCCAACCACAGUGGGUUUGACUCAAAUUGAAGUGAAUUAGCAAGAAAGUUCGCACAGAAAGGGCUGAAGCUUGUUAUUUACAUAUCCUUUCGAGUUUGUCUUCCGUGUUUUAUAGUGGGAGCUUUUCUUUUGUAUAGGUUUCAGGUAAGAUUGUCAAGUCUAUUGUGGAUGUUCUACUUUGUUUCUGGUUGAUUGACAGAGAUUGUUUGUAUUUGGUAAUUUCAAAUUACAGGUGAUUGAAAAAAUGUUGAAUGGAUGAACUUAUUUUUUUGGUCUGAGUGAAGUAAAGGAGCAAAUUGCUAUUUAAUC